AGUCAAAUACUGAUAAAAUGUUUCCCUAAAAUCAAGAUGGGCAAGAAAAACAGUAAACUAGAGCCACAGCUUGUGCAAGAGCUCGUCAACAAGACUUACUUUUCAGAGAAAGAGCUUCAACAAUGGUAUAAAGGUUUUCUUAAAGAUUGUCCAACGGGCUGUCUUACGGAACAGGAGUUUCAGAAGAUAUAUAAACAGUUUUUCCCGUAUGGUGAUUCAUCAAAAUUUGCAUCGUUCGUAUUUAAUGUCUUUGAUGAAAACAAGGAUGGCCAUAUCGAGUUCCGCGAGUUUAUCUGUGCUCUAUCGGUGACAUCAAGAGGCAGCAUUGACGAAAAACUUCAGUGGGCGUUUAAAUUGUACGAUCUCGAUGACGAUGGUUACAUCACUAAGGAAGAAAUGCURCACAUUGUUGAUUCCAUCUACAAGAUGGUGGCAAGUCUUGUAAAGCUUCCCGCAGAUGAAGAUACACCCGAAAAACGAGUAAACAGAAUAUUCUCGCAAAUGGACAAGAACGAAGAUGGUAAGUUAUCGAUGGAAGAAUUCAGGGAAGGUUCCAAGGCAGAUCCAUCCAUCAUACAAGCAUUGUCUCUCUACGAUGGUCUUGUAUAAGCUUUGCUUUCUUUAUUUCCUUAACCCCGUGCAGUUUUGUAUUGCUUGGAAGAGACAGCAAGUUCAAUGAAGAUUGACAAUGGAUUCGUUUCAAGGCAGCAUUCUGAUAUAUAAAGGUUUACAUUUCUACGUGAAUCAUUUACAUGCUAUUGACUUGAAAGAUGCAACACAAGACAUAGCCGAGUUAUGCAAAGAGCGAUGCAACAUCAAAAACAAUCUUAAAAAUUUAUUUGAAGGCCUUCUUGAUGAUAAUGGCUUCAACUUGUUUAACUUUGUACCGGAAAGGUUAACAAUAUUGUAAAGAAUGGAGGUCAAAACCGAACGAUUACGAACUUAUCGGGUCUUCAUGUUAAUUUCUGCUAUGGAAACAAAUGAUGAAGCAAACUAAACAAAUAAUGCAAUAAUUAAUUAUUUAGAAAAAGUAAAUUCCAUUUARUGCUAUUAAGAAAGAUGAUGGCAAAGAAUGAUGGGAUAGUAUACCCAUGAUGCACUGCAUCAUUGUAUAUUGCUAAUUCAGAAAAGCUUGUGGAAGCCUUAAGGCGCGUUUGCACUUGCGAUUUUCGGAAGCGUGAUUGUCGUGCGCGCUCUUAGUGAAACGCGGGUUCAACAUGUACGGUAUCAAGAGAGAACUCUAGAGUUAGUCAUUAAACCCUUGAAAUAAAACUUGACUAGUGUGAUAGUCAAAUUUAUACACAAAAUAAAACAAUGCACAGUGUGCGCUCUAUGUGUUAUGUCAAUAUUUCAUGGGUUUUUUGACUUCACUGUAUUAUUUGAGAUUCGUUUUGGGCCCCGGUAUGCCUAUUGUACUAAGGAAUAGUUAAGUAGGASCCAACCCCCGAGUCAAAAUUCUACGUCAUCAAUAGAACAAGACCAUUCCCCUCGUCUUCACAGGAUGUUCAGUAUUGGUACAAAAAGUUCCGAAUUAUUGUUAAAACUUAAGUCUAAUGAACAUUCAGCUUGAAUUUGAAUUAUCCCAAUAUGAAUAAAUAAAGAUUAAAAAAACAUUUUUUA